AACAAACAAACAGUUCUUGGAGAACAAAGGCAGCUCAAAAUUUUUAACCAAGGUUUCUUUGAAUAUGUCACAUGCAAAUAAAGAAAAAGAAGACUUUUUCGAAGAAGGAAAAAAAUAUAAAAAGAAGCAGAAAAGGUUGAGCAUUAAAAAUACAAAUGUGACAACUCAACUGAAUGAACUGGAAACAGUUUUCAUAAUAUCAGUUUUGGAAUCCCUCAUUGAAAUGUUAAAGGUUUUGAGUCAAUCAAAUGACAAACCUUUAGUUUAUAAGGAAACAACAUAUAUCACUUUGGAAGAUAGAUUGGGUAAAUUUUACCAGGAGCCACCUCUUAUUGACCAGGAAACCAAUGCUCCUGUAGAUCUGGAUUCAAAAGAUGCAAAGUUUAGAAAAAUUCAGAAAGAACUGGCUUAUUUGAAGGGUAUGAUAACAAAAACCAUAGAACAUCUUACCCUGAAAGGAAACUACACAGCACUAGAAGACUUUGUAGUUUUUGAAAUUUUUAAACAAAUGGAAGAGGAUGAAUUGCUUCUCCAAGAGAAAAAAAUUCAGCAAACCUUAGUUAAUAUAAAAGCAGAUAUAGUAAGACAGAAAGAACUGUUUGAUGAAAAAACCCUUGAUCUGGACCAACAGCUUGCUACAAUGAAGGAUGAAGUAUUCCGCGUAUUACUAACAAGUAACAUUGAGGCACGAUAUAUUGAUAAGUGGGAAACCGCACGAGCUGAUCAACACUUUUAUCAAUGUGCAAGAAUGGAGAAUAAAUUGAAAGAGACACUUGCUAAAGUUAAAUUAGAAACAGACAAUGAGACCCAAGCGCACAAGAACAUCGUUAAUUUCCUUAAUCAAGAAAUAAAACGACUGGGGUGUGAAUGUGAGGCAUGGUUACUGAAGUUAAAACAAGAAUCAGACAAAGCUGAUGUUGAAAUCAAACAUGCCAAAGAAGUUUUGGAAGGCUUGAGAAAAACGAAACAAGAAACAACAGACCUAUUCGAGUUCCGGCAGGGCCAGCUGCUGGAGCGUGAGCAGGAGAAGGAGCGCCUCCGCCGCGAGGAGGAGAUGCAGGUGCUGCGCACGGCCAUGGCCAGGCGCAUCCAGGGCUGGUGGAGGGCCAUCCUGCUGCGCCGCCGCCUCCGGGCGCUACGCCGCAAGGCCAAACCCAAGGGCAAAUAGACUCGUAGUCACUGCCUGUCGCGGGCCUGGUAGUUCAGGAGCUUGUGCACCCACAUAACUAUAAGUAGGGACCGCUUUGGCAUCUACUGCUUGGCUCUUUCUGACAAUAGUUACGUCCAUGCACUCAUUUUGUCAGUGUGUUCGUUUACAGUUAGCUCAUAAAUGGCUACAUCACUGUCUCUUGGACAGUGAUCUCUGUCCAAGAGACAGUCACUGUCAGUCUCUCAUCACGCAGAAUUUCAUUCAUUUGUUUCCCGACCUGUGAAAGUGGUUCCUUCUUAGAGUAAUUUCUCUAUAUCUACAUGCAUUGCUAAAUGUGAAGUACUUUUACUUCUAUGAAUGGGUAAGUGCAACUUGGGGUGCUGGCAUGAAAUCCUUCACUAAUCAAAAGUAGUUUAAUGACUGAUCUUCAGUGUGACGCGAAAUAGACCAUGCAAUCUAUUAGCCAAUACAGCCAAUAGCCAGUGCUCGGCUGAAAGGUUAAGCGGUAUUUAUUGGCUACAUGUUUGAAGCACAGAAUAUUCACAAUUUUACAGAAAAUAAAUGUAUUGUAUUCAAAGCACAAUAUUUUGUUAAUUAGAGAUAAUAUAUUGGCUACUUAACUAAAUAAACUACAUUUAAACUCUGGUCUUGACCUAUUUUAUGAAGAAAACCAGGCUAUUACAAAUUCAAUUUUCAAGUAAGUACAGACGAUAAGUUACAGUUAGAAUGGACC